AUGAGAGAAAUAACACUGGGUGACUUGGCCAGCGCUGCUGCUAAGGUACAACGUGCGAUCGACCGUCUUCAACACGUAGUCAAAGAGCACAUCAAUGAAAAACAAGUAACAACCAGGCAACUCCGGGCCGCCUCCAAGGAAAUUAGUUUAGUCCGAUUUGUGUUCGACUUCAGGGCAUUUGAAGUUCCAGGUGAAGAAGAAGAGGAUAGAAUCAAGUUGGGUGCAGGCGGUUACGAGACAACUCUCGAUUUUGACGCAGGAUCCAUGGGUUACAUUGGAGCAAAAGGCAUAGGCAAACAGUCAGAAGGAAAAACUAAAGAGGAAAAAUCAAAUAUUGCUUCUAUGUCAUCUCACUCUUUGAAAUCCACUGGCGCCAGCGAAAGUACGAAGAUGAAUAUGUUGCCUGAAACUAAAAAACAUGGUCAUAAAGUGCAGACCUCAGAUGCUUUGCUGAGUGAAGAAACCAAGCCGACUGGACAAGUUCGACAGGAAAUUGGCCCAAAUGUAGAUGAAAUAAAGAAUAAGGUCUUAAUAAACAAAGCCGAAAAGAAAGAACCUGUUUUAUUAAGCCAUUCGUUGCCUCUACCACUGUUGUUAUUAGACAGGCCAUCUUCAACGAAUUUCCUAUCAAAGGACGCGAAUGUCUCAACGACAAAUGGAUCUGAAGGGAAAAAUCAAAAUGAAUCGCCUAUUGAUACAGCUACAGACAAAAGUGACAUAAAGACAAACACAGAAUUGAUUGGUGAUUCAUCUGCGGCGAAACUCAUCAGCAAACGAGAUACUGAUGCAGUGCAGCAAAGCAGUGAAAGAAAUGGUUCCUCUGAAAAUGAUCGUAGCAAUCUAGUUGAGACACCUGAAAUCAACAAGGUUUCUGCUGAAGUGCCAGCACCGAUUGUUUUGAAAGAAACUGCCAACAAAUCGAAUGCAAGUAAUCCCGCGGACUCUUCAGUAACAACUUUAGAGGAGAAAUUAAUCAGUGAGGCUUCUUCAUCCAAUCUUUCUACGGAGACCCACACUGAUGCAUAUCAUGAAAAUCAACUUAGUCCGAAUGCACAGGAGGCACAAGAAACCAUUACUGUUGGAGUCACCUCGCUUUCUCUGCCUGAUGUUCCUGUCAAUUCAAUGGCAAAAGAGGCACAGAAAGAGAGAAGCGGUGUUUCUACUUCCACAGAAACUAAUAAAUAUGCAUCUCAUGAAGUUCCAGUUAGUUCAGAUGCGCAGGAGGGACUAGGAAUGGUUACUGUUGAAGUCACCUCGCCUUCUCUACCUGAUGUUCCUGUUAAUGCAAUGGCACAAGAGACACAGGAAGAGAAUCAUAAUGCUUCUACUUCCACAGAAACUAAUAUAGAUGUAUCUCAUGAAGUUCCAGUUAGUUCAGAUGCGCAGGAGGGACUAGAAAUGGUUACUGUUGAAGCCACCUCGCCUUCUGUACCUGAUAUUCCUGUUAAUCCAAUGGCACAAGAGACACAGGAAAAGAGUAAUGAUGCUUCUACGUCCACAGAAUCUAAUACAGAUGUAUCUCAUGAAGUUCCAGUUAGUUCAGAUGCGCAGGAGGGACUAGAAAUGGUUACUGUUGAAGCCACCUCGCCUUCUCUACCUGAUGUUCCUGUUAAUCCAAUGGCACAAGAGACACAGGAAGAGAGUAAUGAUGCUUCUACUUCCACAGAAUCUAAUACAGACGUAUCUCAUGAAGUUCCAGUUAGUUCAGAUGCACAGGAGGGACUAGAAAUGGUUACUGUUGAAGUCACCUCGCCUUCUCUACCUGAUGUUCCUGUUAAUCCAAUGGCACAAGAGACACAGGAAGAGAGUAAUGAUGCUUCUACGUCCACAGAAUCUAAUACAGAUGUAUCUCAUGAAGUUCCAGUUAGUUCAGAUGCGCAGGAGGGACUAGAAAUGGUUACUGUUGAAGCCACCUCGCCUUCUCUACCUGAUGUUCCUGUUAAUCCAAUGGCACAAGAGACACAGGAAGAGAGUAAUGAUGCUUCUACGUCCACAGAAUCUAAUACAGAUGUAUCUCAUGAAGUUCCAGUUAGUUCAGAUGCACAGGAGGGACUAGAAAUGGUUACUGUUGAAGCCACCUCGCCUUCUGUACCUGAUAUUCCUGUUAAUCCAAUGGCACAAGAGACACAGGAAAAGAGUAAUGAUGCUUCUACGUCCACAGAAUCUAAUACAGAUGUAUCUCAUGAAGUUCCAGUUAGUUCAGAUGCGCAGGAGGGACUAGAAAUGGUUACUGUUGAAGCCACCUCGCCUUCUCUACCUGAUGUUCCUGUUAAUGCAAUGGCACAAGAGACACAGGAAGAGAGUAAUGAUGCUUCUACGUCCACAGAAUCUAAUACAGAUGUAUCUCAUGAAGUUCCAGUUAGUUCAGAUGCACAGGAGGGACUAGAAAUGGUUACUGUUGAAGUCACCUCGCCUUCUCUACCUGAUGUUCCUGUUAAUCCAAUGGCACAAGAGACACAGGAAAAGAGUAAUGAUGCUUCUACGUCCACAGAAUCUAAUACAGAUGUAUCUCAUGAAGUUCCAGUUAGUUCAGAUGCGCAGGAGGGACUAGAAAUGGUUACUGUUGAAGCCACCUCGCCUUCUCUACCUGAUGUUCCUGUUAAUGCAAUGGCACAAGAGACACAGGAAGAGAGUAAUGAUGCUUCUACGUCCACAGAAUCUAAUACAGAUGUAUCUCAUGAAGUUCCAGUUAGUUCAGAUGCACAGGAGGGACUAGAAAUGGUUACUGUUGAAGUCACCUCGCCUUCUCUACCUGAUGUUCCUGUUAAUCCAAUGGCACAAGAGACACAGGAAGAGAAUCAUGAUGCUUCUACUUCCACAAAAACUAAUACAGAUGCAUCUCAUGAAGUUCCAGUUAGUUCAGAUGCACAGGAGGGACUAGAAAUGGUUACUGUUGAAGUCAGAUCGCUUUCUCUACCUGAUGUUCCUGCUAAUCCAAUGGCACAAGAGACACCGGAAGAGAAUCAUGAUGCUUCUACUUCCACAAAAACUAAUACAGAUGCAUCUCAUGAAGUUCCAGUUAGUUCAGAUGCACAGGAGGGACUAGAAAUGGUUACUGUUGAAGUCAGAUCGCCUUCUCUACCUGAUGUUCCUGUUAAUCCAAUGGCACAAGAGACACAGGAAAAGAGUAAUGAUGCUUCUACGUCCACAGAAUCUAAUACAGAUGUAUCUCAUGAAGUUCCAGUUAGUUCAGAUGCGCAGGAGGGACUAGAAAUGGUUACUGUUGAAGCCACCUCGCCUUCUCUACCUGAUGUUCCUGUUAAUGCAAUGGCACAAGAGACACAGGAAGAGAGUAAUGAUGCUUCUACGUCCACAGAAUCUAAUACAGAUGUAUCUCAUGAAGUUCCAGUUAGUUCAGAUGCACAGGAGGGACUAGAAAUGGUUACUGUUGAAGUCACCUCGCCUUCUCUACCUGAUGUUCCUGUUAAUCCAAUGGCACAAGAGACACAGGAAGAGAAUCAUGAUGCUUCUACUUCCACAAAAACUAAUACAGAUGCAUCUCAUGAAGUUCCAGUUAGUUCAGAUGCACAGGAGGGACUAGAAAUGGUUACUGUUGAAGUCAGAUCGCUUUCUCUACCUGAUGUUCCUGCUAAUCCAAUGGCACAAGAGACACCGGAAGAGAAUCAUGAUGCUUCUACUUCCACAAAAACUAAUACAGAUGCAUCUCAUGAAGUUCCAGUUAGUUCAGAUGCACAGGAGGGACUAGAAAUGGUUACUGUUGAAGUCAGAUCGCCUUCUCUACCUGAUGUUCCUGUUAAUACAAUGGCACAAGAGACACAGGAAGAGAAUCAUGAUGCUUCUACGUCCACAGAAACUAAUACAGAUGCAUCUCAUGAAGUUCCAGUUAGUUCAGAUGCGCAGGAGGGACUAAAAAUAGUUACUGUUGAAGUCACCUCGCCUUCUCUACCUGAUGUUCCUGUUAAUCCAAUGGCACAAGAGACACAGGAAGAGAAUCAUGAUGCUUCUAUUUCCACAGAAACUAAUGCAGAUGUAUCUCAUGAAAUUUCAUCUAGUGCACUUGCACAAGAGGCAACAAUUAGAGUUCAAAAUUCCUUGCCUUCUCUGUCUAAAGAUUCUCAUGGUGCUUUUUUUAUUGAAGCUGAAACAGAUGCAGCUCAUGAAGUUCCAUUUAACCCCAACGCCCAGGAAAGCAAGGCAACGACUACUGGUAAAUUCGCAUCGUCUUCUCUUCUUGACACCUCAUUCAAUCAAAUGACUCGGGAAGUACAUGAAGAGGAAAAUGGGGCUUCUCUUCCUAUGAAAACUGAUACAGAUGCAUCUUUUGAAGUUCUAGCGAACCAAAGCGUACAACUGGCACUAGAAAAGGUCGCUAGCGAGGUUUCUUUGUCUUCUCUUCUUGAUGCUUCAGCUAAUCCAAUGGCACAGAAGACUGAAGAGAAGGUUGAUGGUGCUUUUCUUUCUUUGGAAACUGAUCCAGGUGCGACUGAUAAAGUUCCAUCAGCCAAAAACAAACGAGAAAGUCAAGAAGUGGUCGAAAAAGAGAUAACUCCGUUUUCCCUGCCUGAUGUUGCUCAGGAAAUCAAAACGUACAGGAACCACUAG